GGCGACAAUCUCACAUUCAAGCUCAGAACCACCGCCCGAGCGAUAUGGACAAUCUUGCCGGAUACGGAUCGUCGUCAGACGACGAGGCAGUCGAUCAGACCAGCCCGGUGGCCUCCGCCAACCAGCGCAUAUUGCCGUCGCCACCAUCGACAAAGUCCCUCGGCGGUCUUGCAUUGGCGCUCCCUCCGCCCAAGCACACACCUACCCCGGCCUUGAUCCAGCCGACUGGAGCGGAUGCAUCUGGAGCCCAAAAGAGAAAGCGAGUUCAGAUCUUUCUGGAUGUGCCUCAGGAUCUAAACGAGGACGGCGACGAGAUUCCCGGAGCUGCUGCAGAAAAGAAGCCCAAAUCCGCAGGAGCAGGGUCGGGAUCUGGGUCUGGGUCUGGGUUGUUUGCGCUGCUUCCGCCCCCGAAGCAGUCCAGCGCAAGCCUGCCGAAGCGUGCUGGAGGCAACGAUACAUCUCUGUUGGGAUCGAGUUCAUUGCUGGUUCCUGGCUCCGUCAAGAAGGCAACAGGGCAAGUUGCCCAGACGGCUGGUUCAUCCAAAGCCCCGAAAACCGCGCCGUCCAAAGAUCCGUCAGGCCCCUUAUCAUUCUUUACUCUCGAAUCAGCAGAGCCCAAACCUGACGCGGAUCUAAAUGUAUCGCCAAUGGUCAAGGCUCCGUCGUUCGUGUAUCAUGAGCCCGAUCCUGCACCAAAGCCAGCGUACGCCUCGGCAGCGUCAAUGUAUGCCUAUCCGUCCAGUACACAGAUGCACGCAAAUACGUACCAACCGGCCGAGGAUACGGGUUUCUCUGGAGCUGUUGGAGGAAGCAUGUCACAAGGACAGUCCGAGUUAUCUGGAAUCGACGAUGACAAGAUGAUCAUGCGACUUGGCGGGCGGCAUGCUCGGGGACCGCCAAUGGAAAUCAAAGAAAUCCGCCAGCAAGAUAUUAUCGGAGAAGGUUACGAGCGCGAAAUCCAGAAAACCAUGUCACUACCCGCAGCUGGAUCCACCGCCUUUGCCGGCAUCCAAUCGGUCUCAAAGCGAGUUAAAUCCAAGCACGGCAUCAUGUCGCUUGCGUUCGAAGCCAAGCAGCGAGAGCAGGCUCUGCAGGAGCAGUAUGCGACGGCCAAGGCCACCCGCAAACUCACCCAGGCAAAGUAUGGAUUCUGAAUCCCGAGCCACCCGCUCCAGGCGUUGAUGACAAGCUCGUCUUGGAAACCAUAGUCUUGAAUACAGGGUCGAUGCAUAUCU